AUGGUCCACACAGCGCAUAGUAAACCUCCGAACUUCAACCUGGGUAUGCCCUUCGGCUGUCUCAUGGGAAAUGCUAUCGGGGCCAAUUACGGGGAAUCCUGGCGCAGAAUGCGCCAAAAUUUCGAUCCGGAGUUCGCCUUUCAUCCGGUCAUGCAGAGCAUGCCACGUUUCUCUCACGAAAUUCAUCAAUGGUUGGACAGAAUAAUAUUAACCCCGACUGUGGUCAUUCACGUCAAGCGGACGUUCCAGUUUCUAACCUUUCGAUUGCUAGCGAUACAUCUAUAUGGAGAGGCAUUUAGCGAACCGCUCUAUACACGCCUCUUAGAACUAAAUGUUCUCCAUGAAGCCAUCAUUCGUGAUAUGCUGGCCAGCAAGUACCCCGACUCAAAGUUGUGGAAUGUCCUUCCAACCGCUGCACGAAGGCGGCUGCAAACAUACAUUGCGCAGUGGCGCGUGUUUAAUCGGCAGAUUAUUCGGGAAGCUCGAGAGCAAAAUAUGUCUUGUCCAGUUGAGCGCAUCUUCCGCGGUGUGGACCAGACACAAGAUAUGCAAGAGCAUGAAUUUCUGCAAACCCUGGACGAGAUUUUGUUCACCAAUGUCGAUGUAAGUGCUGGAGUUCUGGGUACCCUCUUCUCGCAUCUAUCCAUCCGCCCAUCUCUGCAGACAUUGCGAGGCGAGAUCCAAAGAUGGAAGAGCCAGCUUGAUCUUGGCCUUGCCAAGUAUAUGACUAAAUCCGAUACGCUACUCAAUCGGACGGUGGUGGAAAGCAUGCGACACUCGCCAGCAUUCUGGUUCUCGCUACCCGAGUGUACGGCCACCCCGAAGGUCAUCGGAGGAUAUUCCAUUCCUGCACACACACCGGUGGUCAUCGAUGCCCGACGUCUCAAUCAGGAAUGUGUGACAUGGGGCCCAGACGGUGCCGACUUUCGACCAGAACGCUUCUCUGAGGUACCAAAGGACAAGUUGCGAUACGGUUUCAUGCGGUUCGGGACGGGAGCUGCGUCAGGGCGCUGUUUAGGGAAACAUUUUGCUGAUGUGGUGUUCAAGUUGACGACUAUGGUCCUCAUUGAGCAAUGCUCUCUAAGCUCUCUAGGCACCGACGGAACUGAGAAUAUUCAGGUCACACGUAUUGAAAAUAUUCAAAGCUAUUCCUAA